GGAGCGCGGCGCGGCGCGGCCGCCGCGUGCGCGAGCCGGGUUGCAGCCCAGCAGGGACUUUCCAGCCGGCGGCGGCGGCGGCGGCCGCCGGCCCUUCCCCGCCCCCCGACAUGGGGCUGCCCGGGGAGCAGGACGCUGCGGACCGCGGCGGAGGACGCGCUCGGCGCUGCUGAGCCGGCCGGGCGGCGCGGACGCGGGUGAGGGACUCCACUACAGUAUCUGAAGAAGGAUAAAGUUGACUCUGCUUUGCUUCUUUCUUUAUUGAAGUUUCUUCCUGCCUGGUCAAGCUCAGAUAUAUCCUCUUGCAGCAUACAACAUCCAGGAUGGAGCCCAGUAAGAAGCUGGACGCGGCCGGCACCCUGCCUGCCAACCCCCCGCUGAAGCUGCACCCUGAGCGUGGAGCCGGGCCGGCCGUGCUGGUCCCCGAGCAGGGUGGCUACAAGGAGCGCUUCGUCAAGGCCGUGGAGGACAAGUACAAGUGCGAGAAGUGCCGCCUGGUGCUCUGCAGCCCCAAGCAGACGGAGUGCGGGCACCGCUUCUGUGAGACCUGCAUGGGCGCCCUGCUCAGCUCCUCCAGCCCAAAAUGUACUGCUUGUCAAGAAGUCAUCAUCAAAGACAAGGUGUUUAAGGAUAAUUGCUGCAAGAGGGAGAUUCUGGCCCUUCAGAUAUUCUGUCGGAACGAGGGCCGGGGCUGUGCGGAGCAGCUGGCCCUGGGGCACCUGCUGGUGCAUUUGAAGAAUGACUGCCAGUUUGAGGAGCUUCCGUGUGUCCGUGCCGACUGCAAAGAGAGAGUGCUGAGGAAGGACCUGCGUGACCACGUGGAGAAGGCCUGUAAAUACCGCGAGGCCACGUGCAGCCACUGCAAGAGCCAGGUCCCGAUGGUCACGUUGCAGAAACACGAAGAUACGGAGUGUCCCUGCGUGGCGGUGCCCUGCCCGCACAAGUGCGGCGUCCAGACCCUCCUGAGGAGCGAGUUGAGUGCACACUUGUCAGAGUGUGUCAAUGCCCCCAGCACCUGUAGUUUUAAGCGCUAUGGCUGCGUUUUUCAGGGGACAAACCAGCAGAUCAAGGCCCACGAGGCCAGCUCCGCGGUGCAGCACGUCAACCUGCUCAAGGAGUGGAGCAACUCCCUGGAGAAGAAGGUUUCCUUGCUGCAGAAUGAAAGUGUAGAAAAAAACAAGAGCAUACAGAGUCUGCACAACCAGAUAUGUAGCUUCGAAAUUGAAAUUGAGAGACAGAAGGAAAUGCUUCGAAAUAAUGAAUCCAAAAUCCUCCAUUUACAGCGAGUCAUCGACAGCCAAGCAGAGAAACUGAAGGAGCUCGACAAAGAGAUCCGGCCCUUCCGGCAGAACUGGGAGGAGGCAGACAGCAUGAAGAGCAGCGUGGAGUCCCUCCAGAACCGGGUGACCGAGCUGGAGAGCGUGGACAAGAGCGCAGGGCAGGCGGCGCGCAACACAGGCUUGCUGGAGUCGCAGCUGAGCCGGCACGACCAGAUGCUGAGCGUGCACGACAUCCGCCUGGCCGACAUGGACCUGCGCUUCCAGGUCCUGGAGACCGCCAGCUACAACGGCGUGCUCAUCUGGAAGAUCCGCGACUACAAGCGGCGGAAGCAGGAGGCCGUGAUGGGCAAGACGCUGUCGCUGUACAGCCAGCCCUUCUACACCGGCUACUUCGGCUACAAGAUGUGCGCCAGGGUCUACCUGAACGGGGACGGCAUGGGCAAGGGCACGCACCUCUCGCUCUUCUUCGUCAUCAUGCGCGGCGAGUACGACGCGCUGCUGCCCUGGCCCUUCAAGCAGAAAGUGACGCUCAUGCUGAUGGACCAGGGGUCCUCGCGGCGGCACCUGGGGGAUGCGUUCAAGCCGGACCCCAACAGCAGCAGCUUCAAGAAGCCCACUGGGGAGAUGAACAUCGCCUCCGGGUGCCCUGUCUUCGUGGCCCAGACUGUGCUGGAGAACGGGACGUACAUCAAAGACGACACCAUUUUUAUCAAAGUCAUAGUGGAUACUUCGGACCUGCCGGACCCCUGACGCGUCCCCGGGGCGGCGGAUCAAGCAGAAGGCAACUCCUCCGGGGGGUUUGAACCGGCCGUCUCCAGCAAGGUCCUCGCGCUGAGAAAAGGACCUUGGGGGACGGAGGAAGCGGCAGAAGGCGGCCGCGGGCCGGCGGGAGGAGCCACGCGUGAGGACUCGCCCAACACGUUUUGUAAUAGACUAGCGCACUUCACUCUGGAGAAUUAUUUAUCCUUCGACGAGAUAAAUACUGCUGUCAGAGAAGGUUUUCAUUUUCAUUUUUAAAGAUCUAGUUAAUUAAGGUGGAAAACAUAUAUGCUAAAGAAAAGAACCAUGAAUUUUUUUUCUUCCUUAAACUUGAACACCCAAAAAAAAGGACACACACACACACACACACACACACACACCUGGGGAUAGCUGGACAUGUCAGCAUGUUAAGAAGAAUUUAUGAAAUAACGCAAUUCUGAUAUAUUCAUUCUAAAAUUCAAGAGUGCAAUCUUGUUCCAAAUAUAGUAUAUUGUCUAUUUUUAAGGCCUCAUCUGGUCUCUGUUUUAAUAAUUUGUUUGUCAGAAGACCCUGAAGUACACCUAGGUCUUUUUUGAAAGUCUCUAAAUUCAGAAUCAUUUUUUAAUUUAAAGUUCUAAGAUAAUUGUUACUGCAAACAUUUUAUUUUAAAACGUUGAUAGACUGAUAUUUCUUGGAAGAAAAUGUAAAAUAUCAAACACUGGUUAUCACUUGUGAUAGGAAAGAGAAUAUUCAAUCUGUUGUUAUUUCUCGUUAGAAAUGUAAACCUUCAAUAUCUGUCGUAGUUAAUGACACUACUUCAAAAUUACUAUGAAAGGAAAAUUGCUCAUGGAUGCUGUGCAUCAUUUUCAGAUUUAUAAUUGUUUUCACCCUAAAAUAGGGCAUUAGUUGAACUUUGGAGUUCUAAACAAAAUCCUGUAGGUUUUUAAAAUUCUGCCCCAUGUGUUCAGACACGCUCUCUCUUGCUGACAACACCGACUUCCGUGUCCAGUGUUGGGGGUGGGCAGGCGACUUCGCACUGACGGCGGCCACAGCAAAUACCGCGUUCCCCAUCCAGUCAUAACUGCUGCAUUCGCUCCAGCCUUUGCGUAGAGAUGGUGGCAUCCUGUACACGUGCCUUAGAUGUGACUUGCUGCUUCUCAACCCCAGCUUUGUGUUCCCCGUGAUUCCAGAAGGCGAUGGUUCAGCCAGACUCUCUCUUGACCACUAACUAGACCUUUGCCUGCUCGGGGGGCCUCCCAUAGCCCCGACCGCCGGCCCCCCCCCCCCCGCCCCCGCGGAGCCUCCGAGCCUCCGCUGCUUCCUCAUCCCAGAUUCCAAAUCUCUCGGGCCCACGGGCGCAGGCAGGGCCGGGCAGGAGCUGCGCCUCCGUGUCCCGGGCGCGGGCGCCCAGACGCCCGCCGCGGGGCCCUCUGAGCAUUCCAGAGACCGCCACCCCGGGCCGCGGGGCCGGGCCACAGGCGUCCCCGGGCCGUCCUCUCACGGGGAGGGCGGCCCCGGGGCCCGUCGUCCAGCCCGCGCCCGCCCGGGGCGCCUCUCACCCGUUCCCCUUCUCUCAAUGGUCCAACUGUGAAGAGCGGGCCUGCCCUGUGCCCCUGCUAUGCACCCCGCUCCAUGGGUGCUCUUACACUGAUGGGUGCUACACGUGACGGGUGCUUCUUAGGCGAAACCAAUGUGUGUGAACCGCGCAUCUGUGCCGCUCGUCCAAAAGACGCGCCCACGACGGGCCAGCCGGGCCGCGCGCCCCAGACUGCCUGCCGCGGGCUGCCGGCGGCCGCGGGGGCGGCCAGGGGUGCCCGGCGGCCCCGCGUCUCUGGUGCUGCCGACCGCCCUGGGUGUGCCUUCGCCCCAGUGCCUGCUGGAAGCACCUCCUCUCCACCGCGUCCCUGGGCUUCCAUAAGUGACCUCAUGGGUUCCCAGCACCCGCCCGCCUGCAGUUACAGCUCCGUCGCCUUCAUCUCUGUUUCUUUCCCUCCCCGCCCCACCCCCCAGUUGCUUAGAGGGCGGGUCGGCGUCCUCGGUCCCGCCCCCCCGCCCCCCCACCCCCGUCCGCUCAGAGGAGAGGCUCCUGCAGGUGCUGCGGGACCACCGCUCCCUCGAAGGUGCCUGGACUCCCGGGGGAGGGCGCCCGCCCGGAAGCCCCCACCUGGCCUCGAGACGGUGUUCCCCGGAGGCCAGGGGUGACCGACGGGGACCGCCUGCCACUUCCUCCUGCUUCACUAGAAGGACGGACAGUACUGACAGAAGCAGCGUCUCGGUCUGUUGUUAUAAAACAGUUCUUUCCCCGCCCUGGGUGGGGAGCCUGUCGGCAGCACUCUGGAAGCAUCUGGCCAGCGGCGGGGGGCGGGGGCGCUUUCCAGGAGCCCCUCCUAGUGGGAGAUGGCCCCCCACACCCCGGCCCCACCGCGGAGCCGUGGGGCCGGGCUCGCUGUGCCCCGGGCGUGGCGGGAGCUCCAGGGCGGGCAGGGGGGCGGCCCGCUCGUGGUCCAUCUGACAUUGGGUCCCCUCCAGCCCCCCGCCCCCAACCAGGCCCCGGUCAAGGGACGGGUUUCAGACAUGGUGCGCGGGUGCGUUUUUCGCAUUAUCUCAGUGACGGGUUCCCCGCGGAACAGGCCGUUCCAGUGCUUUAGAGGAACCGCGGUGAGUCCCACGCGAGGUCGGCCCGCCUGCGUCCCGGCCUGUCACCUGUCGUGGAAACGGAGACCCACCCGCGGGGGCCCCGGGGGCCCGGUGAGGGUCUCGCCUGCAGGUGGGGGCUGGGGGGCCGGUCUCUGGCCCACCUGGGCCCCUGUCACAGGUCAGGGGUUUUCAGUUGGCAGUUGUAUCGGUGACACGGAGACAGUGUGAAUUGUUCACAGGCCUGUCCCACGGGUGGGCGGCGCGGUUACUGUGCAGGUGGACGAGGAGGGCCGCCGUCCGCCCCCCAGGCCCCCGAGCCCCGACGCCGGCUGAGGAGGUGGCUCCUGGCCGGCGGCCCCCAUGUCCUGGACGGGCCCCACCAGGCCCUCAGACGGCGGUGGGGGCCCGCGUGGCCACCCUGGCUAGAAAGGGGCAGACAGUCUCCUGACAGCUCGUCUCUGCAGGGUCCCCAGCCGCCUGGGGCCCUGUGUCCCCGUCGCGUGCCGAGGGACCGUCUCCCGUGCCGGGCCUGGCACCCAGCCUGCAGCCUGUGGGCAGCCGGCCGAACCCUGAAACACAGCAGGCACGGGUCCCCGAGUGUACCCCAGGGGCGCACACCUCCAGCCGCCCAGGCCCACUGUGCCUCCCCGCCUGCACUUGGAGGGGCGACCGUCACCCCGAGCUGGGCGCUGACCGCUCCAGCCCCAGCAUCUCCGUCCGCCCUUACGGGCGCACAUGGGCCAGGGACAAGGAGCCUCGUGGGGCUCAGCCACACCUCAGCCCUCCGAAACCCACCCCUCUGCUGGUGCUGACCGCCAGGGCUGGAAAGGGCUCAGGCAGAGCUGGAAGCCCCGCUUGUAACUCCCAGUCCAGACCGUCGCUGACCGGGCCACCGAGGAGAGCGGGGGGAAAUCCAGGCGCUCCUUUCUUUGCUCCGUGACCUGGUGGGGGGUGUCCGUCACCCAGUCUGCUGCUCAGCCCAAGACCACGGUUCUGCCUUCUGUUCGCAAAUCUCGAUAGCUGUUUCUUCCAAAGUAGAUCAUGUCCCCGAGGGUCCAGGUCGGAUGGGGUCGGCUGGGGGCUGCAGCCAGGGCAGGUGGCCGGGCCGUCUCUGCCGUCGGUCGGGCGGCGCUGGCUGCCCCGGGGAGCUGGGGCGGUGGGGGUGGAGGCGCCUUCUGCUGGCCUCGGUGCCCCGGGGCGCGGGGGGCCGGCGCCGUUGGCAGAGGCCCGAGUGCGUGGCUCGAAGCAGUGCUCGCAUUUCAUUGCUGCUGCUGCUGCUGCUGCUGCUGCUGCGUCUCGUCUGUCUUGUGAACUCGCAACAAAAGAGGUGGAGUCCAGGAGGGCUGCACCACUCCUGCAGGAAGUGGCGAUCUGUUCCCAACUAGUCCCUUUAGACCAGUGAGAUAACUUCCACAGCAAACUCAACGACCUAAUUGGUAAACACAAAAAGCUGGCAUUAUUUUCCAGGAUUUCUAUGAGAAUUACCUGUAGAGUUAACAGAGUCUGUGGUCAAGGAAGUGUACAUCCACGUAGACACUUUUGAGAAUCGGCUCUUUCUCUGAUGGCACACCUCUGCGUUCAGUUCUCUAACCCCAAACAAAGACCAAAGAAGGCCAGUCUCUCACGUGACUCUGUACUUUUAAUCUGCCUGUUUUAAAAAAAUAAAAACUCGCGUCUGUACAACCGCUCGCUGUGAGGACCCAUCUUGACAGUCCAAGUGAUUGUGACCAGUGAUCACGUCCCGUGUUCUUCUGCUCUUCUGAGAAAAAAACACAAAAGGACCGUGUAAGUUAUUGCCCAGCAAUAAUCAUGUUGUUAACUGUGGGUCAACAACAUGUCUGACUUCCUGAUAGCAUUAUUAUGUUUGAUAUUUUUGUUUACUGUAUAUCGUGUGUGGUUUUAUUUGGUAUUUAUUUGUGUUUUGAGGUCUUGCAACGUUUUUGUGUUCCUGAUGCUAAUAACUGAAGUUUGUAAGAGUGUAGAAUGCCCAACUUUGAAAUGCUGAAACUGUCUCAUUAGAGGAAAAUAAACCUGACUGAGGAGU